UCAACAUAAUAUAGUAUAGACAAUAUGGCUCGUACAAAUCAAACUGCCCGCAAGUCUACUGGAGGAAAGGCGCCCAGGAAGCAGCUGGCCACCAAAGCCGCACGUAAGAGCGCACCUGCCACCGGUGGAGUUAAGAAGCCACAUCGUUACCGUCCGGGAACCGUUGCUCUCCGUGAAAUCCGUCGAUACCAAAAGAGCACUGAACUGUUGAUCCGCAAACUGCCAUUCCAACGCCUGGUACGUGAGAUCGCUCAAGACUUUAAGACCGACUUACGUUUCCAGAGCUCCGCCGUCAUGGCCCUACAGGAAGCCAGCGAAGCAUACUUGGUUGGUCUCUUUGAAGACACCAACUUAUGCGCCAUUCAUGCUAAACGUGUGACCAUCAUGCCCAAGGAUAUCCAAUUGGCCCGCCGUAUCCGUGGAGAACGUGCUUAAAUCUAUAAACAUAACGAUUCUAUCUUUCUUAAAAUGGCUCUUUUCAGGGCCUCCAA